AUGCUCGCCAAGUUGAUCAAGAGAGUCAUGGGUACCAACAUCAACAAAGUCCCCAUCCCCCCUCGGGGUGUCGAUUACCGGGGCAAGAUUGUCCUGGCGCCCAUGGUCCGUUCGGGAGAGCUGCCCUCGAGACUCCUGGCGCUCAAGUACGGCGCCGACCUGGUAUGGAGCCCUGAAACCGUCGACAAAGCCCUGAUCGGCACGACGCGCCGCUUCAAUGAGACGUCCAAGACGAUAGAGUGGUUCCGCACGACCAACAAUAACCCCAGCAGCGCCAACGACCAGCAAGAGACGAUAAUCUUCCGGACGCUUCCCUCGGUCGAGGCGGGCCGCCUCAUAUGCCAGAUAGGCACGUCGGACCCGGCGCUGGCCGUCCAGGCGGCGCGGCUGGUGGCUCCUGACGUGGCGGGCAUCGACGUCAAUGCCGGGUGCCCCAAGCCCUUCAGCACAAGCGGCGGCAUGGGCGCGGCCCUGCUGCGCACACCGGACAAGCUGUGCGGCAUCCUCGAGGCCCUGGUGUCCAGCAUAACCCCCGAGUUCGGCAUAGGCGUCAGCGUCAAGAUCCGCCUCCUAGCCGACCCGGCCGACACCGAGGCCCUCGUGCGCCGGCUGUGCGCCACGGGCAUCACGGGGCUCACGGUCCACUGCCGCACCACGCCCAUGCGGCCCCGUGAGCGCGCCAUACGCGACCAGCUCUCCAUGGUCGCCGCCGUAUGCCGCGAGGCCGGCGUCGCCUGCCUCAUGAACGGGGACGUCGAGUCGCGCAAGGCGGGGCUGUCCCUCGCCCGCGAGUACGGUGCGGACGGCGCCAUGAUCGCCACGGCCGCCGAGAAGAACCCCAGCUGCUUCCGCGACGUCGGCGGUGACGGCAGUACCGAGCCCCUCCUGCCCUGGCAUCAGGUCAUGGCAGAGUAUCUGACCACUUGCAUGGCCGUCGACAACCGUUUCGGCAACACAAAAUACCUCCUCACUCAGAUGAUCCCCGGAAAGGAAAAGGCCUACAGGCGUGUCACGCCUUGCAAGAGCUACGAGCAGCUCUGCCGCGCCCUUGAACUGCAGCACCUCCUUGACGAUGCCAGGGCCGCCGACGCAAGGCAGGGUAUCAUCCUGCCACCCGUGCCGGUAAAAGGGGGCUCACCGAGCAAGCAUCAGCCCGCGAUCGAAUCAGACUGCCCGCCGUCUGCCGAGCUGGCCGUGGCCGGGUGA